AAGGUGUUCGGGAACUGGUACUUAUUCACUAUACCGAAGACAGAUUCCCUUGUACCGAAAGAUGUCCCCGACAUCCAGAUAAAUUUGAAGAAAGCCAAAAAGCUGGACAGAAAAGUCAAAUUCAUAGAGCAAGAAAAAUACCGAAAAAUGAAGAAAGCGUCUUUCAAAAUUAACGAUGAGAAAUGGCCAGAACAAUGGUAUUUGCAUCCUUCGCAAACACCUAGUAUGAAUGUUUAGAAAGCGUGGGAAAUGGGUUUUUCCGGAAGAGGUGUCACAGUGGCCAUAGUCGACACCGGGAUAGACGUAGAUCAUCCGGACCUGAUUAAAAAUUAUAAUGCUUCAUUAAGUUAUGACUAUGUUACAAACAGUUCUGAUCCCUCUCACAAAGGUCAAGAAGAAGGCCAUGGUACCUUCUGCGCGGGCAUUGUAGCCGCCGCCAAAGACAAAAACUGCGUGAUUGGAAUUGCAUACGAAAGCACCCUUGCUGCAAUACGAUAUUUAGAAAGCGAAGACGAGGAAGCAGUUACCUGGGCGUCUAGAGAGGCGAUGUCUCUCACACACAAGUACCAGUAUAUUGAUAUAUAUAGUAACAGUUGGGCGCCGUUUCGUGAUAAUAACAUCGAGCCGCUUGAAAACAUCCUUGUUGAGGCUUUACAGCUUACAAUUAAAGAGGGAAGAAAUGGAAAGGGUACAAUCUAUACAUUUGCUUCCGGUAAUGACGGACCAGACGAUAGUUGCAGUGCGGAUGCUUAUUCAAGUAGUAUGUAUACCAUAUCAAUCGCUGCUGUGACCCAGGCAGGAUCACAUGUAUCAUAUGCUGAGCCGUGCACAGCUAUUCUUGCUGCUACAUUUAGUGGUGAUGAUAAUUUUCCAUAUAUUACAACAACAGGUCCUAAUCAAACAUGUAUUGAUGACUUUGAUGGAACCUCAGCUGCCUGUCCUCAGGCAUCAGGCAUCAUUGCUUUGACACUUCAAGCAAACCCAGAACUCACCUGGAGGGAUAUUCAACACAUGAUAGUUGAAUUUUCAAACAACACAGACCUUUCUCAUUCUACGGAUGAUUUAGAGUUCUACAUAAAUGGAGCAGGAAAACAAGUCAGCAUAUGGACUGGAUUUGGACUCAUGGAUGCACAGGCAAUGGUUGAAAACGCCAAAAUUUGGCCAAUCGUUCCUCCAAGAAUAUAUUGUGGGUCUGACGACAUUUUCAUCAGUAGAUUUGAAACUGGUGCGGAAUUCAGUGAAUAUUUCAACGUAAAGAAUUGUCUUAUUAAAUAUCUCGAACAUGUCCAGGUUCAUUUAGAAUUCAGUUCCUCGUACCGUGGUGAUGUGGAAUUUUUACUUGUUUCGCCGAUGGGAACUAAAAGCCUAAUAUAUCCCACCCGCCCUUUUGACAAUUACACGUACUUGACAUGGGGCAUAUUCAUGUCCGUGCAUUCGUGGGGAGAGGAUCCCAAUGGGGAUUGGGAACUGAUAAUGAAUCCUGUGAAUUCGAGAAUGGAUUUGUACCUGCGUUCAUGGGCACUCGAUUUAUAUGGUACAGCUACAGAUCCUCUAGCCGGUAUCCCACCUGCUGGAACAUUCGGUAGUCCCUGUAAUGGUACGGCGUCUUGUACAUCUGUUGUGAACGGUGGUUGCCUGCUGGAUAAAGAGGAAUUGUGUGACAACAUAUGUGUUCCUUGUAAAGACGGGUACCAUUUCAGUGGUGAUUUUUGUGAAAAAGACUGUCCACCUCUAUAUUUCAUUGAUUAUGGUUUCGUGAACGUAUCUCGGACUUUGGAGGGCAUCUAUGCAAUUUAUAGCUGUGAGGAAGGGUAUGCAAUCAUUGAAGGAGAUGUAACCAGAACAUGUGGUAGCGAUAGCGUGUGGACUGGCAUACAACCUACCUGUGAAGUUGACUGUGGACUUCUGGACGACCCAGCUAAUGGAGCUGUGUUUUUCCUUAACACAACUUAUGACUACGACGCCAACUACACAUGCCAUGAAGGUUUUAGCAUACGUUAUGGAGAUGAAACCCGAAUAUGUUCAGAAGAAGGGGAAUGGACAGGAAUCAAACCGACCUGCAGUCGAGUAUGUAGACAGCCAGAGAGUCCUGAAUACGGUCAUGUAUAUUUCAUCAACACUUUCGUAGAUUCUAAGGCAAUAUUUACUUGCAAUAGUGGCUAUACUCUUACUGGAGGGGAUGCAGAAAUAGUCUGUGGUUCCGAUGGUAAAUGGUCAUCAGGAGAGCCUGUAUGUUUAAAAGACUGCUGCUCACUGGAGCCUCCAGCAAAUGGAAAUGUAAACUUUAUAUCCACCACGACAUGGUCGAUCGCGACAUAUACAUGUCUGACUGGCUAUGCUGUUAGUUCAGGAAAUUCAUUAAGAACGUGUUCGUCCUAUGGAAUCUGGACUGGAACAGCGCCAGUUUGUGAUAUAGACUGUGGGCCCCUAGAUUCUCCAGCAAAUGGAACUGUAAUUUCAUCAUCUACAACGAAAGGCUCAACUGCGACGUAUUCUUGCUUGAAUGGUUUAACUGUGAAGUCGGGAGAUGUAUUGAGAGCGUGCGCUUCUGACGGCAGCUGGACUGGAACAAAACCGGUUUGUGGUAAAGGAAAUACGUCAUCAGCGCCCGGCAGUGUGAACAAGAAUUUCGUUGUUGAGACAUGUGUGGGAAUACUAGCUGUUGUGUUUAUGUUUAUUUGAGCUAAGAGCUUGGUCAGUUAGAGCGAGUUGUGUAUCAUGAAAUACAGAUUUACGUUUUAUCAUUUUGGACCUAACGUCGAUAUUCCGUUUUCAUAUAUAUUCAUUGAUAUUUCUGUGCCGAUAUGUGUCGGCAUACUUGAUGGUUUUUAGUUUUUUCUUUCUUUUUGUUUUUGGUGAGCUAGUUAUUGCAUAAACAUAUUAAAUUCGAAAAUAUCAUGUUUCUGAAUCGUAAAGUACCUUUACUUUUAACCCGCCGUUACAUAACUGAAAAACUGUUGAAAAACGGCGUUAAACCCAAAACAAACAAAAAAACCUAUACUUUUGUGUGUGUAAAUAAGUUAAUUAAGUAGCUAUAAGAGAUGCAGCUAAAGUUUCUCCAGUAGUGUAAUGGAUAAAUAUUUUUCAUUCGUUCUACAAAUAAUAGUAAUGAAUAUGUAGUUCUUGAUUCAAACUACUCUGGUUCUGUUGCAUAAUAUAAGCCAUGCUCUUGUCGUUAGAAGUUGCUUAUCAUUAAAACUGUAUUUACUGUAUGUUUAACCAAGAUUAUGUAACAUAUCUAUUGUACGUAUUGUUUCUAUAUGUUGAAUAUUUGAUACGCUUUCUUUCAUAUAUUUUUCUUUUCCUAAGUUAACUCACAUUAAUGGUUUUGAUUGAAUUUUUCAAAUUAUCAUUUGCAUUUGUCAUCUGAUUAAACGCAUUCGUAGAAUUGCAGAAGCUCGUGUCAUAUCGGGUCCUACUUCUUCCACACCUCUUUCUUGUGGCAUGAAUAUCAAACCUUAAUUGAAAUUUGAAUAUGAAAUACUUCAUAGCUCUUUCAAACAAUACUUAACAGUUUUCUCUUGAAGAUGUUAUGAGCGAGUAGUUACUUUUCCUUGUGAAAAAUUGACAAAUUAGACUCGAUUCGAAAUUGCGGUGAUUAAAAUACUGAAAAUGAAACUCAAACUAGUUUAUAGCGUUAAAGGCCUCCAGCCCAUACACAUAUACAAUACAAUUAUAAAUAAUUAACACAAAUGUAUGUGUGUGACUGUACACAGUAUAAUUAUAAUAAACAUGAGAUAAAACAAAUUCAUAAAGACCAGUAAAGUACUAUUUACCAAAAUGUAUAUCUAACUCAUAAUUAGAAUUUGGAAUAUAUAUAUUUGCAGAUAAAUAUUAUGAGACAAUGAUGAAUAAGUACUUUAAAUUGAACUUUACAAUGUCAAAUUACCCAUUUAAUAAGAAAAAAAAUAAAUUAACAUCUUAGGUUUGUAAUUCCUCUAGCUUUGAUAUAAACACAUAUAAACUUUAAAUGCAAGGAAUUAAAGACAACAUUACAUUAAAACGUGCAAAUCGUACACAGAGCAUUAUUAAACUAUACACCAAGAAAAGAUUUUCACAAGGUCAUUGCAUGAAAAAUAAACAUUGCAAGAUUUUUUAACGUUGUUUCAUUUUUUGUUGACAACAGCGAAUUAAACUUCUGUAGGGUAGGAUAAGUAAAAUAAUGUGUAUCUAUGUAUGUUGAUCUAUUAUAAAACUGACAAACCAAUAAGAAGUGGUAUUCAUUUUCUGCAAUAUUUUCACAAUAAAAACAGUAUAUUUGCACUCUUUCUAUACCAAUAUGCCUACCCUUCUCAAUUAUUAGUGUAUGUGAUGAUGUCCUAAAUGUAACAAAGAGAUAUCUAAUUUUUUUUUAAAUAUCUAACACAUCAAGAUAAUUUUCAUAAUUAAAACAGGUCUUAAAAUAUCUAUAAGAUAUGAGUUUUGAACUAUUACUGCAUUCAUUGUUCCAUAUUUGGAUAUACUGGUCUUUUAGUCUAUGAACAUAAUGAUAUAAAAACAAGUUUUCAUGUGGACCACACUGAUUCUCCCAUAUAUAGCCAAAUCCAUCUUUAUACAAAUCUAAUUUUACGUCCGUUACCCAGUUUUUAUAGCCAAACUAUUAUAAUAUAAAAGCAUAUUGAAGUAUUUUCUAACAUAUCCUGUCUGGAGACAAAGUCACAAUUCUACGCCAAUACCCGAUACGUUUAGCAGCAAUAAUUUGCAUCGGAUAUCUUUCACAAGAGGGGCUGACAUAAAUUGUUUACAGGCGUAUGUUUGAAUCCAUACGGUGAAGUCCCCAUAUUUCGGAUCUAUAUAACGAAAUAGGUACAAUUUUUACCUCAAACAAUUUGAAAAACACGUGUCUUGGCAUAGGUAUUAGAUGGUUUAAAGAGGACAAUAUUGAUAUUAAAUCCCUUUUAGCUUUUACAGCCAAACUCUCUGACAUUUUAAACAAUAAUAUUUUACUUGUGAAAAAAGUCCAACAUAGUUGAAGCCAUUUACCACUUCAAAGUCUAUUGCCUUUAUAAGACCACUUCUCAUAUUUCGAAAGUUGUCCACCAUUUUUAAAAACAACUAUUUUAGAUUUUUGGACAUUGAGAGUUAACUUUCACACUCUACAAUAGUAACAUGAAGGCUACAAAUGUUUUAUGAAAGAAUUCAGGAAAUUAUCAGUAACACGAUAAAAGUCCAUACGCAUCAUAUCGUAUGAUAUAUAAAGUAAUGACUUUUCUAGAUAAACUUUUUAUACCGCAUUAUCGAUCAGUUGAUCAGCGUUAUUUCGUGACAUUCUUUAUUAAUCAUAUUUUUUAUUCUUGUAUGUUAUGCUUAUUUUUAUGUUGUUGUUCGAACAAAGUACUUUCUGUACCAUGCCUCACUGUGCGUACCUUAUAACAGAGCAGAUUCUAAAUUGAUGUUAAUCAGACUACAAAAAUUAUACCAAUAAACGAACGUGUUUCUUUUA